UUUUGCGAAUAUUUGAAAAGAAUACGCUCCGUCAAUACUGAUUAAAGACGUUUUACGAGUCUUAAGUCAUGUAGGUUUCCUUAAAUUUCUGCUCAGGGUGUAAAACUCACCUAGGGACGAGGACUGAAUUUGAAAGAGAGACCAGUCUCCCAGUAACUGUUACCAAAUUUCCUUUUCGCUGUGAAAAAUUAUUGUAUCAUGGAUUCUAUGUGCUUUCGUGUUCUGUCAUGUUGGUAGUAUUACUACUUAAAGUAUGAUUGGCAAGUCCAGCAUUUUCUGUACUGAAAUCUAUUUCUGACGCCUCCUCGUCUUCCACCCUAACACCCAGAGUUCUUCUGUCCUCCCACACUCCACCAUCAAGACUGCUUGUUCCAUUGGCAUAACACAGUUGCUAAAUCUGCUCUGGUAAAGUAAUGACUUAUUUUUCUUGUUCUUCUUAUAAUUUCAGAUGAUGGCGCCAUAAAUGGCACUUUACCACCCUCCUUCGUAAACAUGACAGUUGAAUUGCUGGAAGGUGGGAAGAUUAUGGAUGUGAAGCUCGGUGUUAUUGAGAAAGAAUCGAAACUGAACGGAGCACUUGAGACGCUGGAGGGACAAAGCGCUUUCCGUUUAAAAAGUCCGUUUUUUGAGCAAGGGGAUCAGAAACUUCAGAAACGAUACUAUGCUCUUCCAGACGAUGGCCUCUUAGAUGUGAGAGAUCUUUCACCAAAACCGUCACACCGCGAAGCAGAGACGAACAAAGACCAGUGGUACUCAACCGAAGAAGGCAUGCAGCUUUUCGGGAAGAUCCAUGGUGCUCUACAGGAACAUUUUGAAGUCAGACCCAGCAGGGAUACAACAAGUCAUGACCUUUGCUUGUUCCUUAAAUCCACAGGACAAGAGUUUGCUGUCAAUUUUCCAUAUAAUUUUCCCCAUGACUCAGCGAUCCUUAUCAGAGGUGACAAUCGAAAGGAAGCAAUACGUUUGACGGAAGCAAGCAGCGAGGGAGGAAACACAGAGGGUUCCAAGGAUAAAAAGGCACCUAACUCUGCAAAGGAUGAAGAGAAUGCCCAAGAUACAGAUGAAGAAGGUAAUCUUGACCCUGCGAAGAUAUCACAGUCUCCUCCUACGUCUGCACAGGAUGAAGAGAAGGACAAAGGUGCAGAGGCAAGCGGGAGUCUCGAUCCCGAGGAGAUACCACAGUUAUUAUAUCAAGGAAUUUAUCGCCUGGUGUUUGGAACACAUGUUUAAGCCGCUUGGAAAAUCCCACUUCAGUUGAACUAGGACUAACACAUGUAAUAGCUUUUGGAGAUAUAAAUUGGAAAGCAUCCUACUAAAACCAGAGGUGACGAACGGUCCUUCAGAAACUCUCGAAUUUUACGAUCCUCGCAGUCUCGCCUUUUUCUUUUCUUUUCUUUUCUUUUCU